AUAUAAUCCACUGAAUCGAGGAAAUGAAAUUGUUUAAAAACUAUUUAAUUGUACUUAUGUUAAAGAAGAAGUGGAAGAUUAAAAUAUUUCAUGAAAAAGUGAAACAUUAGUUUGUAACCUUAAAUACAUCUAAUGAAAUUGAAUAACUUUAGAUACAAUAAUAUAUUUAAAUAAUUAGAAAGACAAAUUGGAAAUGCUUUUGAAGAUUAUGAACAACACCCAGCUGUUCGUGCGCGUUCCAAAAUUAUCGUGAAUAGUAGAGUGCCGAUGGGUCCAGCUAAAAACAUUCCUCUUUCUUUAGAAUGUAAAACAAAAAACUCGAACGAUAAGUGUAAACAGGCCACAGCUCGAGGGGGCACCUUCCUAACAAAUUUGGAAGGAACGUCUUUGGGCCCUGGUUUUCCACCAAAACCGGUAGGGUUAUUGGUAAGACCUAAUGUUUCAAGAGAAGUACCUUCUACUUCCGCUCCAGAAGAUAAAUUCCUCGUGGAUGAUAAGCCACCAAUGCCUCCACCACCACUAAAACGUAGACCUUUACCCAAGGGCCGAAUACGCCGGCCGUUUCUAGACAGUAGUGAAAGACAAGAUUCUUCCCAGGAGGCCAUAGAUCCUAUAAUUUUAGGACCUCUGUUCUACGAAGACAUUCAUAAUCCUGAAAGCACUUCACAGGCGGGAGAAAACAAUCAUGGAGCUUCUCAGGAAAAUUUUAAUGGAUCAGGAGAACGGAAUAGAGCUCUUCUAGAUAGUUUCAAUGAGCUAGAUCAUCCUGAUCCAAAACUACUUUCCAAAUUUAAAGGAAAAUUGUACCCAAAAUAUUUUGCUGAAAAGAGAAAUUUAGAACAAAAAGAAAAGGAGGAACUUCAUGGAUCAAAUGAAGAGAAGGAGGAAAGCGAUGAAAAUACUGAAGAAGCCGAUAAUUCUAAAGAAGAAGAUGAAAAUUCAGCAAAAUCUGUGGAGGAAGAAGAACCCGUACCUGUAGAAGAGGCCCCGGAUGAAGAAACAUCAGAGGAUUAUGAAAGUUCGAAAGAGGAAGAAAACCAAGAUAAUUUUGAAGAAGAGCAUAGCUCUCAUCAUUCAACGGAGGAGGAAUCUAACGAAGAAGAAGAAGAAGAGCCUGUUUCAGUUUCGGAACCAGGUAAUCAAGCAAGCUCAGAAGAAGAUGAAAAUCCACCGAAAGAGCAUUCUGUAGAGGAAGAAAAGACUGAAGAUUCUGAAGAAGAAGAAAAGCCAGAAGAUUCUGAAGAAGAAGAAAAGCCAGAAGAUUUUGAAGAAGAAGGAAACCUACCACCUGAUACUCCUCCGGAGGAAGGGUUGGACAGUCCAACAUCGGUUCUACGUGGCUCAAAUGGUUCUUCGGAAAGCAACGCACAAAAUUCGUCAAAUUCAAGAGAAGAAGAAGUUUCAGAGUCUGAAGAAUCUACAACUAGUGAAGGACAAAACACAGCUUCUGGUGAAGCAGUUCAUUCUACUGAGGAAUCUACAGAGGAUACGGAUUAUACAGAUUAUUCAAUCAAUAACGAUAUUGAUUCAUCAGCACCUUCAGAAGGAGAUACAUAUCAUCCAUCAGCAGAAGAAGAAACUAGUGAUGAAUCUAAUGAAUCUAAAAAAACAGCCUCUUCGUCAGAAGAUACCAAUGAGAUACGACCAAGUUCUAUUGAAUCUCAGGAAGAAGUCAAUGAAGAUUAUGGUUCAAGAGAAGAGCACUCUCAAGAAAAUCAUUCUCAGGAAUCCGGAGAACAACAAUCCGAAGAACAGCAGUCGCAGGAAGGGCAUUCUCAUGAAGAGCAUUCUCAGGAGGAGCAAUCUCAGGAACAGCAUUCUCAGGAGCAUUCUCAAGAACAGCAGUCCGAAGAAAAUCCAGACAAACCACCAAAUGAAUAUGAUGAAGAAGCUGACGAAGAAAGCCCGAGAGAUUAUUACGACAUGCCAGAUUAUGAUAAUACAAGCUCUGAGUACGAAGAAAUAUUUCCAAAACCAGAACAGGAACCAACUAAAAAGCCCCAAGUUUACUAUAAGAAGAGGCCUGCGACGUUUUAUUACAUCGUAGGAGGAUCCGGAGGACAGAAAGAAGACCCGAAAAAAGAAUCAGAUGACGUUGACAACGGAUCUAAACCACUUGAUUAUGAAGAUAACAAAAUCAAACAAUCAGAAGAAGUCGACAGUUCUACGCCAUCAGCUGAGGAUCACCCGUCAUCCAGUUCAGAUGAGAACUUCAGUAGCAUGGGCUUCGAAAGCUUUGAUUUAGAUUCUGUAUUGAAAAAACCCAAGGUUCAUGACGACAAGACAACCAGAUCGCCAGUCGCUGUAAUCAGUAUCACAACUCCACAGUCUCCCACGACUAAGUGCGAUGACAAUGAUGCCAAAAAGAACGAAGAUUCAGAGGACCAAAAAAGAUUGAAAACACCUCUAGGGACUCCCAAGCCAAAUACCAUACAACCAGGAGAUGUGGUUAGCAUCACCAGAUCCCGCCCUGUGAAUUUCGGGCUGAGCCCCACCACUCCGACUACGACCUCCACCUUCCGGCCGGCCACCAUCUCGGCCAUCGGGAUCGUGAAGCCGGACGGCUCCAUCAUCGCGAAAGUGGUGAGCCCGAGACCGGGAGUGCAGAGCUCCACCUCCUCCGCCCCCACCAAGAUGGAGGGCGCUCAGGAGGAUGCGGGGACGAGAUCCACUCAGGUGCCGUGGAAGACCUUGCUGGCCGCCAGGGAGGCCACCGCCCUCACGUACCUCAAGCCUCCCCCCAUCGGACAGCAGCAGACCUGGUUCCUCAGGCAGGCCAGGGCACCACGCUCCGUCGACUUCCUCUCCAGGCCUCUUUGAUCGGAUGCACCUGACGCUAAAAUUGAGUUCCUAUUUGAUGAGCAUCGGCAUUAUGGAGAUGCCAUUGUCUUACCAAAGUCAAACAAAAUCCAUUGAUGAAAUGAUGGUUGUUACUCGUUAAUAUUUAACGAAAAUUAAAGUGAUAAGUUAUUAGGUUGAACAAGACAAAUAUUAAUAAAAAUAAAGAUAUGGUGCUAUUUACAAGGGAUGUUUUCGGAAACCAAAAAGAUUUACAAUCGGUACACUUAAUGGCUAUAGAAGUAUUUUUAAUUAUCUCACCAAAAACCCUUAUAAAUAAAAGUAUUUAAUAAAAAAUACAUAGGUAUAUUUCUCAAGCAUCAAGUAUUAGUUAAGGAUAGUUUAAAAAAAUGGAUGUAAUUAAUAGCUUUAAUACAAAAAGUAAAAAAAUGACUAAAAACUGAACAAAUAAUACAAUGGAAGAACUUCAUGGUAGCUAAAACCCUAUAUAAUAGAAUUAAAGUUGUUCUAUUCUCUUGUUCAUGUCCUUUCAUGGAUUUGACACGGUCAAACCUACCUAUUCUUGUUCUACAGAAAAAUCAAACAUGAUCUUAAUUCAUAACUAUUGUAUUAUUAUUAUAAUAACUAUUGUUAUAUUAUCAUACUACAUUAUUAACAUAAUAAUUUAUAAAGUAGACUUCGAAAUAAUUGGAAGUUUUCCUAUAUUUCAUUAUUUAAUUACGAAAUUUAUUUUCUUGGUAAAGAAAAAUGCAUAAUUAACAAUCAAUUAUGAAAAUGUAUAUAUAAAUUGAAUUUAUAAUGAAAAUGUUAAUUGUAAUAUAAAUAUUAGUACUAUGUAAAGUAUUUUAUUCAAUUAUGUAACACUUAUGUUCGUUUACGAAUUAACUAAAAAGACUUUAAAAUUUAUGAUAUUAUUUCUUUAAUUUUAGAUUUUUCUAUUGAUUUGUUUUUU